AUGGCGACGCUCGAAGAGUUUAACGCCGCCGCGGAGGCGAUCAAGGCCGUGAAAGAGACGACGAACGAAGAGAUGCUCGAGCUGUACGCGCUGUUCAAGCAAGCGAACGUCGGAGACGUGAACACCGCGCGACCGGGGAUGAUGGAUUUUAAGGGCAAGGCGAAGUGGGACGCGUGGAAAAAGCGCGAGGGGACGUCGAAGGAGGACGCCAUGACGGCGUACGUCGCGUUGGUCGCCGAGCUAAAGUCAAAGUACGGGAAGUGA